AUGGCGUUCGGCGACAGCGGUGGCAGUGACAAUAGUGGCGGCUCGUGGCCGACGAGCCUUAGCACGCCGGAGACUGACGAGCUCAUCCGGCUCGGGCUGAUGGUGUCGCGGGGCUGCCGUCUACCGAACGCCUUCCGCAUGACCGCCGACGGGUACCCGACGAGGGGGCCCGGUGCGUCGCCGGAUGAGCUCCGCCGGCACAAGGGCGGACGCUGGAACAUCGUCGGCCGCACUAAGUUCUGGAAGUGGAAGGACUACUGGAGAGUCGUCGCGCAGGCUCGUCGGGAGUCGCGGACGGGCGGCUCGUCGUCUGCCUCGGGCGGCUCGUCGUCUGCCCCGCGCAGGCCCUGCCGUCCCCCUUCGGCGGCCACGCCGUCUCCAAGCUCUUCCCGCUGUCCGGUACCCACCCUCGCCGGGCCCGCCUCCCCUCCCGCCGUUGAGAUACCGCCGGAGCAGUUUGCGUUGCGCGAGGACGGCGACCCCGACGACUGCCCCGGCUACCUCAUUGCACUAUGGGCGUCGCAGGAAGAAGCGGCGGCCGCGGCGGCGGCCGCGGAGGCCAGACAGGCCGCCGAGCUGCAGGCCGCACUCGACGCCGCGGCGGCUAUGGCGGUGGCAGCAGAGGCUGCCGAGCUGCAGGCCGCACUAGAUGCGGCGGCGGGCAUCGGUGCGGUGCAGGCGCAUGCGGCUCCAGUGGAGGACGACGCCGGCGACUGGGACGACGGCGGCAAGAGCAGCGACAACGACGAUGGCGACGAGAGUGACGGCGGUGCGGGCGAGAUCGUGGACCUCCCCGACCGUGUCAGGGAAUGGCCACGUGGCAACCUAGCACUUCUGCAGUAUCUAUAUUGGGAGAAGGUGGAGCCAAGCACCGGUCCGCAAUAUGAUCCGUUAGCGUUGUUGAGCCCCUUGAUGAGGAACUGGAAAGAAGAGGCAGCGGAGAAAAGAGACAAGUACGCCUUUGAAUAUGGUCGUGGUGUUGGGAUGAGGGUCAUAGAGAAAUUGAACAAAAGCGCCAUCUUCUACAAAGCCGGUGAUAUUGAGAAAGAAGAAGAGAAUGAGUAUGGUGAUAAUAGUGAAACUAGAAACUAUGGUGGAGAACCUCGUAAAGAAUGGGUAUAUCAUCCUGAUGUGGACAAUUUCAAAACACCAGCAAAAAAGAAUGUGCAAGAGGAUGAUGAAGAUGAUCUUAAUGAUUCUGAAGAGAAGAGACCUUAUUAUUGCACACCUGAAUAUUGGGAUAGUUUCAAGGGUGAUAAAGAAGAUCCUAUCGAAGUUCCUGAGGUAUGUGAUGAGAAAUCCGUUACAUCUUUAGGAACAGAUGAAAUCGCAUCACGUGGAUCCGUAGGUUCUAUUAGAGAAGAUGAGGUACCCGAGGAGGUUGUAGGGAAACGGAAGUGCAAGGUAUCAAACCUUAUGAAGUCUCCUUAUGUGCAAGCUAUACCGACUAAGCGUGCAAAACGUUCUGCAAAAGCAAAACUAUUCAAGAAAGAAGUCUUUCAAGAUGAAUACGAUGUGAUUAAAGCUUGUGUUAAGUUUGUCCGUGCUUAUGAGCAGUCAACAAAACAUAGAAAGAAGGAAAUAUUCAAUGAUGGCAUGCGCGAAGGUCUCAGUACAGAGAGGGCUUGUAAGAUUUUUGACCAUCAAUGGCUAACCAGUGAUAGAAAACAACUUGGAUAUGACAUACGUGAUGCGAAUGCGAGCGGUGCUGUGAAUUAUCCGGAUGUGUCUACCUGGCCUAUCAAAACAUAUAAGAUGUCACAACAAGAAGACGGGUGA